AUGCUGAUGGUACAGACAAACGCGCAGCCCAUGAAGACUAACAAAAUAAAAGGGCCUCCCCCUGUACCUCCCCGGCCUAGCCAGAGCUUAGUGGCUGAAGCUCUGGCCAAAACUAGGAAGGCCGUGACAGAAUCCAAAUCUAGCCUCUCCAAGUCCCGAGCUUCAUCUAAACAAGAUUUAAACAAUGUUACAAAAGCCAAAACUUUGGAAAGAUCGUGUGCCGCAAGCCAACAAAGCGUAUCGUCUAAGGCAAAUGGACUUGCACGAGUCAAAUCUUUUAUUAGGGAUGUUAUAAGUGAUCGUAGCUCAUCUUCAGACGAGAGGAAAUCGAGCGGUCAAAACUCCAGAAGAAGUUCAAGCGAUAGCAAUUCCAUUCAAGGGUCAGCAUCUGCAAAAAGAUCGAAUGAGUCUUUAAACUCUAAAGCGGCAAAAACGUGCAGACAAAUUUUGGUGCGAUCCCUUUCUACCUCAAAUAAGUUAGAUCAAGAUUCUAAAUGCAAAGUUUCAAAGUCGUCCAGUUUUGUAGAGAAAACCCUGCCCUUAAGAAAAGCACCCCCACCACCAUUGUCUCCAAAGCCUAAAUUAAAACCAAUGAAACCUUUACCUGUAAAUAAAAAUGUAUCAAACCAAAAUAAACACAAAAAACAGUUAACCGAACUUAGUCCAUAUUCUCUGCCAGUAGAUGCGAAAAAUGAAUUUGUUGUUGUCCCGGAAGCGCCGUAUGCAACUGUUGACGAAGUUCAAGAAUUUGACGACAGAUUAAGAAAUAGCCCAUCGAGGCAAACUAACAAUGCGUUUGAUACCCAAAACGUUUAUGACAAUUCCAAGAAUGAGGAUCCAAAUAAAAACAGCAAUUCCCUAGAGCGUAAAACUUCCCGUGUAACCGAAAUGCUUAUUUCGGAGAUCCUAGCGGGUCGAAACAAUAACAUAGGCGAAGCGAACACAGUUAUAGAUAAGGGUAAGAAUUCCACGAACUUGACCAACGGCAAUGUUUCGCCCGAUAUCAUGAAGGACAUGAACAAUCAUGAGAUGUUAAUUUAUGAGCUGCAGACAAUGCGAUCUCAGUCCAACGUUCCCGUAACUGUGGAUGAAGAGGAGCCGUCGCAGAAAAGUGAACAGUGUGACUCGGACUCAGAACCUAAUUAUGCUAUGUGCUCGGUGACUAGUGAACAAACAGACGAUACGUAUGAUCAGGCAUAUUCUUAUAUCGUAGAUGACGAUCUUAAAUCUAGGCUCCGUAAGCAAUUUCGUGCUAUCAGCACAAUGUCACUGCAAGGCCUUCCACCUCUGCCAAAAAGCCUGAGCGGAUUCGCAGAAGGGGAAUCCGAUAUUUGCGAGUCGCCCACCAAUAUGGAUGAGGCGCCGCCAACAGACCUCGAUUCACAACUGACUUAUUUAAAGAAGGAAAUGGCCAGUCUGCGACAAUUGGAUUUAUCACUGCUGUCAGAACUCUGGGCGCUUAGUGAGGCGAUGGCGGCGUGGAGGCGACAGCUAGAACGAGCGCCGAGACUCCGCCCCGCACCUCCGCCCCCGCCGCCUCCACACUACCUUCGCACUUAG